GGUAUGUACAUGUAGCUACUAACCCACACAUUGUGAUCCAAUGGUAAUCAUGUACAUGUAUAUUUAUUAACCAGCAAUCUUAUUAAUGUGCAUAUAUACUUUGAUUACUUACACUAAACUCAGAAUAGCCUUUCAUUGUAUUUAUAUGACAGGUGGUACUGGCUUCCUUACACCACAGUCCACGCACAGGAGAUUUACCAAUAAUGUCUGCUGUCUGGAUGAAAAAGAAAAGAUGAUAAAAGGAGACAAAGAAUGAGGAGGAAAAAAUGAAACAAAAGAGAGCAUAAGAGAGAGAGAGGGAAAUGAAGUUAUGGCCACUAGUAAAAUGAGUCACCAUGUAUAGCCCAUUCUGUUUAAUUCAGUUGUUGCUCCUUCUACAUUGUAUCUCUUUGUGACUUGUGAUGAGUGCAUCUAUAUGCAUGGAUUUUUGGUUUUUAUACUAUUGAAUGGAAGAGUAUAAAAGAGUUGAACUGAUUGUAACUGCAUAUGGUAAAGUGGCUCUAUAGUGAGUCAACAUCAGGUGCUUCACUGCAAGGUUUCUGUAUGCAUUACUUUUUUGGCUUCUAUGCUGACACAAAAGUGGUAGAAGAGUUGGAGCUAUAUUCAUUUAUUAUCGGGAGAAAUCAAAGGAAACUGCCCAUGGGAGGACUGAUACCAGUUAUAUUAAUAGUUAUACUGAGUGUAUGCCCUAUCAAUGCUCUGUCAUUAGGUGAUUUAUAUCCUUUUGGUACAGACAAUGGGGAUGCCACAGAAACUGGAGCUAGUCCUCUGACUAUAUCUUUAGUGUCUCCUAUUGAUAAUUUAGUUGAAUUUGGCCCUCAUCAAAUUGCAGCAGCAAGCUAUGUUGUUCGUACGGGUUAUUUGCAAAUUAAAAAUGAUGACAGUGAUAAUUUCCUCUAUGUGUAUCUUGCUUUCAUUGGAGCAGCUGGCUCUAAUGCCAACAAUGUGUUCUAUGGUAGGACUACUAGUGACCCAGUCCUGAUUAAAAGAGCUAUGGACCAGAUUAAUAAAGCAUUCCCUUAUACUUUCUGCAGUGCCUCUCCUCCAACACAACUAUUAAUCAGUACUUGGAUUAAUUUCAAAAAGAGUACAAUACAAGAAGGUAGUAAUUUCCAGUUAGUAAUUGUUACUAAUGGAAACAUCACAUUUGGGAUUGCUCUUUUUGUUGAUGUGCACAUUCCAAUAGCUACAACUGGAAUAACUUCUAAUAUCAAUGGUAUGACUAAUAGAUUCAAUCUUUCUCUAUUUCCCUUUGGAAGAAAUGUUAUAAAUGCUCCAAACAUGACGCUUAAUAGUGAUACACCAGGGACAUACAUAUUUCCACUCAGCGAUAUGACAUCAAAUACUACUUGCUCUGUCUGCUUUACUUGUAAAGAUCAGAUGCUGGCAAUAAUAUGUGAGGCUUUAAAGCGCACAGAAGAUGAUUUGCCAGCUCCUUGCAAAAACUUUACAUAAGUUCUUGAUUUUUUCGUCAGUAAAAAUAGCUACAUUAUUGUACAUGUAAUAAAAUUAAUUUUGUCCUUAAGAGAUGCAUGCAUGAGAAUGAAUUGAUGAACAACUUUCAAUACCACA